AUGACGACAGUAUACCAUCGGGCCCCCGCACGCCGCAGGACCCGUGUCAGUUGCACCGCUACACCACAACACCACAACACUUGCACCUUGUCACACUGCCUCGUUGCUCUAGUGCUCGAUGACGACAGUAUACCAUCGGGCCCCCGCACGCCGCAGGACCCGUGUCAGUUGCACCGCUACACCACAACACCACAACACCACAACACUUGCACCUUGUCACACUGCCUCGUUGCUCUAGUGCUCGAUGACGACAGUAUACCAUCGGGCCCCCGCACGCCGCAGGACCCGUGUCAGUUGCACCGCUACACCACAACACCACAACACCACAACACUUGCACCUUGUCACACUGCCUCGUUGCUCUAUUGCUCGAUGACGACAGUAUACCAUCGGGCCCCCGCACGCCGCAGGACCCGUGUCAGUUGCACCGCUACACACCACAACCUUGCACCUUUACAUGCUACCAGACCAUCCCCGCCACCACACACCUUGCACCUUGCCUGCCUCGUUGCUCUAUUGCUCGAUGA